CUACAAAUAUGUGCCAACAUGGGGGAAAGACAACACACUUGAGAUUCUCAAUCCAUCUAGCACUAACCGAGUGCUCAAUGUAUGCCAUCAAAGGGAGCUCAAAAGUAGAACUAAUCCAACAAAAAAGUCUAAUCAUCUGGGAUUAGGCGUGUAUGAUGAAUAAGUUUGCUUUAGAGGCAUUGGAUCGCACAAUGAGAGAUGCAAUGAGGUUGUCUAAUAAAAACUUUAGAAAUGAACCAUUUGAAGGGAAACCAGUUGUACUUGGAGGGUUUGAGUUGGAAAUUCGCCGGAAUUUCUCACUGGAUCGCCAGAAUCUCACUGGCCGGAAUUUUGCAGGGUUUAAGUCGCCGGAAUUUCUCUCCGGACGAUGGGAUGGGCUGCAAGACUUGGCCAGGAACGGCGGGGGCUGUGGACUUAAGGGGAGAUUUCAGGUUUACCAUCUUUGGGCGCUCAAGCUUCACGAUUUGGAUUCCAAAGCUCACAAGUAUUUGAGACCUGAAGCUCUCGACGAACCUGGAACUAAUUUGCUUCUGGAAAUGGAAAUGGAUAUUGAUCAGGACGCUAAUUCCGGAGGAAGAAGUAGAGCAGAUGGGAAGAGCAGUACAGCAAUAAUGGCGAUGAUGGUGGGUGCGCCCGGAAGUGGUAAGUCUACGUUCUGCGAUCGGGUCAUGAGCGCAUCUUCCCGCCACUGGGUUCGUGUUUGCCAGGAUACAAUUGGUAAUGGCAAGACAGGGACAAAGGCAAAAUGCUUAACGGCUGCAACUACUGCUUUGGGGCAAGGUAAAAGUGUGUUUAUAGACAGGUGCAACUUGGAUAGAGAACAACGUGCAGACUUUAUGAAGCUUGGUGGUCACUCAACGGUUGAGAAGCAUGCAGUGGUGCUUGACCUUCCUGCUAAAGUUUGUAUAUCUCGGUCUGUGAAACGCACUGGCCAUGAAGGAAAUUUGCAAGGCGGGAAAUCUGCUGCAGUUGUUAAUAGGAUGCUUCAAAAGAAAGAACUGCCUGUGUUGAGUGAAGGAUUUGCACGUAUUACAUUUUGUCAAGAUGAAAAAGAUGUUGAAGCUGCUAUUGAUACGUACUGUGGACUUGAUUCGUCGGAUUCACUUCCAUCAGGUUGUUUUGGUCAGAGGACUCCAAAUGUUAAGAUUCAACUUGGCAUAAUGAGGUUCCUUAAGAAAGUAGAUCCUGCGGGAGAAAAUGGUACUUCUACAUCAGCUCCUGCCUCCAAUGAUGCAAAGAACAGUGAGGAGCUAGAAACUGCUGCAUCUACUUGUGUUUCCACGUAUUCACACAAUGUUCCUACCUUAGCAUUUCCUUCCAUUUCUACAGCAGAUUUCCAGUUCAAUCUUGAGAAGGCAUCUGACAUCAUAGUUGAUAAAGUAGAAGAAUUUGCGGAUAAACUUGGAAAUGCUAGGCUUGUUUUGGUGGAUUUGUCGCGUGAAUCAAAAAUACUUUCCAUGGUCAACAAUAAAGCUGCAAAAAAGAAUAUCGACCCUAAUAAGUUUUUUACAUUUGUUGGUGAUAUAACUCAGCUACAUUCUGUUGGAGGGUUACACUGCAAUGUAAUUGCUAAUGCUGCCAACUGGCGACUUAAACCAGGAGGAGGUGGGACAAAUGCAGCAAUAUUCAAUGCUGCAGGGAAGGGUUGCAAGAUUCUUUCUGAAGCUUACUCAUCACUUUUUGAUGGAUUUGCAUCGGUAAUAAGGAGCCAGGGAGAUUUUUAUGAGGGAAGUUCCUUUGAAUCACAAGAUCCACAGUUAAGAGAUUCUCAGAAUUGUAGCCAGAAGGUUAAGAGGGAAGCUGAUUUUGAAUCCACGAGCAAAAAAUGUAAAAGCUUUCCGAAAGAACGCGGACCCUCCAGUGAGUGUCUUCUUGCUACAAACUGCUUUCAGCAAAAAGAUUCGAACAAAACUUGGGGCUCAUGGGCACAAGCACUGUAUGACAUUGCCAUGCAUCCUGAAAACUAUAAGAAUGACGUGUUAGAAGCAUCGUGCGAUGUUGUGGUGCUGAAUGAUAAGCAUCCAAAGGCUCAAAAGCACCUGCUUGUGUUGGCAAGAGUUGAAGGCCUUGAUCAACUCAAAGAUAUUUGCAAAGAGCACAUCCCAGUGCUUGAGACUAUGCAUGCUGUUGGCCUGAAGUGGGCAGAAAAGUUUUUGAAUGAAAACGAAUCAUUAAUAUUCCGUCUUGGAUACCAUUCAGAGCCAUCAAUGCGACAGCUGCAUCUUCAUGUGAUCAGCCAAGAUUUCAACUCGAAGAAUCUGAAGAAUAAGAAGCAUUGGAACUCGUUCAACACCCCAUUCUUCCGGGAUUCAGUUGAUGUGAUAGAGGAAGUCAGUCAAAAUGGAAAGGCUACACGGAGGGAUGACGAAGAAAAGUUGCUUGCAAUGGAGUUGAGAUGCCAUAGAUGUCGUAGUGCCCAUCCCAACAUUCCCAGACUUAAGGCACAUGUCACCUCAUGUCUUUCCCCUUUCCCUUCUUUCCUGCUCGGCAAUGGCCGUUUAGUUGCCAAACCGAGCAAGCUGCAGACAAAUGGAUAGAUGCCAUUUGGGAGAGCCGGUGCCACAGGCGCACAAUGUCUCUGGCAAUUUUUCACUCAAAAUUGUCCCCUUUUCCCCGGCCCAAUGUGUUGUGCCUAGUCCAAUAAUUAUGGUGCCCUCGCCGGAUUAUGCUGUCCUAGAAAAAGCCUUCUAAGGCAACUAAGUUUUUGCCUGG